GAUACAAAAUAUAAAGUGGCCCAAUUUGAAUUUAUUCUGCGUCCAUAAACCCCAUUACUUAAACCCUAACUUCAAUUAUUCUCGGGCAAAUGAACCACACAAACACGCAGACUCUGCUGCUUUCACCUGGAAAGCAACCACUCUCGUCAAGUUACUUUUAUUUCAAGAUAUACUAUAUUCUCAAGGGGGGCUUGAGAAAAUGGCUAAGUGCAACAAACCACAGAAGAAUGAUCAACCUUCGAUCAAGUACAGGUGGUACCCAAUUGGCCAGGCGUCCCCUGGGCUUGCUAAUUUCGUUCAUGAAAGAUCUGCCGACACAGUUUCUCGUAAAGCUAAUGAGCAAGGGAAUAGAAAAUCGCAGCACAAGUCUCCUGAGAUAUUGAGCACUACUGAGCUCAUCUCAGCAGUUGGCCAGAUAUGGGAUUAUGCAAGUCGUCCUCUUGGAUUAUUUCAACCCAAGGCAAAUUCAGAUGACAUUGACAGUAAUUAUCGGAAAGAGGUUAUCUUAUCUGGUCUGGAUGGGGAAGCUCUUAUUUCAGAGAAUAGUGGUAAUUUGUCUGUUAAUUUGAGGAAUUCUGAUAAGAUUCCAACAAUACCACAACCAAGUUUAGAUAUAACACAGGUAAGCCAAAAGAUAUCAGUAUUUGGACAUUGCAGUAAAAGUUACUAUCAGGCUUCAUUUUGGAGGUUAUUGGAUGGUGGUGCUAAUGUGCCUAAAGAUUCUUGGAAGGGAAAAGGACUUGCAAGUUUAGAAGUCUCAUACCAACUGGGAAGUAUGUAUGGAUGGAUGAAUGAUGUGAUUUCUUCUGGGGCAAACCGCCCAGUCAAAGCUAUUGAGAUUGAGAACAGAAAUGACCAAUGUUGCAUUCCAGUAGAUACUGUCACUGUUGCAGGCAGCUCUAUUUCAGGAGAAACAACAAGAGUUGUAGAUGACUUGGCCAGAACUGCUGUGUCUAACCCUGCUCCAGUCAAAUCUGGUAACUUAUAUAAGGAUGAUGAUGAAAAAUUGGAGAUCAAUACAAGAACCUCUCUGUAUUCAGACUAUUUCCUCGUAGUUGGUGAGGCAGAUGACAUUAUUUCAAGGGCUCCAUGUUCCAAUCUUCAUGCGGAUUAUCAUAUAGACUCUUUAACUUCCUGUGGUAAUGGAUUUGAAGAAUGUCUUCAGAAGAUAGAUGAUCAUGACCUACUUGACAACAAAAAGAAACAGCCAGACAAGUUUGUUAUCCCGGAUGGAUGCAAGGUGCAGCCCUGUGCAUUAGCACGUGAUAAGCCUCAUACUUCUCUUGCUAAACAAGAGCAUGCCUUUGCAGGUGCAUUGUCUGGAAUUUUCGUUAGCAUUUGUCUUCAUCCUGUUGAUACAAUCAAGACAGUAAUUCAAUCUUGCCGGGCCGAGCAAAAAUGUAUAUGGUACAUUGGAAAAUCAAUUGUGUCUGAUAGAGGCUUAACUGGACUCUAUCGUGGUAUUGCUACCAACGUUGCAUCUUCAGCUCCAAUUUCUGCAGUUUACACUUUCACAUAUGAAUCAGUUAAAGGAUCUUUGCUUCCUUUAUUUCCGAAGGAAUACUAUUCUUUUGCCCAUUGUGUGGCAGGUGGUUGUGCAAGCAUUGCUACUUCCUUUAUCUUUACUCCCAGUGAACGUAUAAAGCAGCAGAUGCAAGUUGGGUCACAGUAUCACAACUGCUGGAAUGCUUUGGUUGGCAUCAUUCAGAAGGGCGGUUUAACUUCAUUAUAUGCUGGAUGGGGGGCUGUACUCUGCAGGAAUGUUCCACACUCAAUUGUUAAGUUCUACACCUAUGAAAGCUUGAAGAAAUUGAUGUUGUCUUCAGAACAAUCUAACAAUCACCCCACCACAUUACAAACACUACUUUGUGGAGGACUGGCUGGAUCUACUGCUGCGUUAUUCACUACUCCUUUUGAUGUUGUGAAAACGAGAAUGCAGACGCAGAUUCCAGGGUCUGUGAGCCAGUAUAACAGUGUGAUUCACGCCCUUCAGGAAAUAGGAAAGAAAGAAGGUUUGAAAGGCCUAUACAGGGGAUUGACUCCAAGAUUGGUUAUGUAUAUGUCACAAGGCGCGCUCUUCUUUGCAUCGUAUGAAUUUUUCAAGAGAUCUUUUUCUUUGGUGAAGCAACAACCUAAUGCUCAAAGAAUCCAAUACCAACAAAACAUGGAAGAUGAUCCAGUAACACCCUCAACAUUCUCGCCACCGUCGUCAACACCAGCAAGACUGCACAGUCUACAGUCAUGAGAUACAAAAUUUGUAUGUUAGUGUGAAGGAACAGAUCGAAGAAAAAUAGAGAAGUAAAAGUAGGAUUUGAAAUUGAAAUUGUUCAGAAGAGAAAAAAGAUGUAUAGUCGAUGUAGGUGCUAGCGUGUACCAUUCUGUAUUAUUGGUGUUGUUGGAUCUUUAGUAUUGAAUACAAAUGAGAAGCAGAAGUUCAUGUUUU